AUGGCCGACUACGUCAACAAACAGAUGAUUGAAUUAAACAAAGUUAAUGAAGAAAACUGUAAAAGAGCAACGAGGAGCGUGAAGACUGAGACCCGUCGCUCAGAUGGAAUACUAAGACUCUACAGGAUGGCUGCUGUGUGUUUAGGAGUGCUGUGUGUUCUACAAGUCACUCUCAACAUCUCCCUGAGACUGGCUUUCUGUGAAGGCAAUGUGACUGCAGAGAAAGACCUGCUACAGACCAAACAAACCUGUCCUGAAGGCUGGCAGAUUAAGUUGGAAUCCAGUUGGUACUUCCUGUCUAAUGUGAAAAAACCUUGGAAGGAGAGCAGAGAGGACUGUCUGAAGAGAGGAGCAGACCUGGUGAUCGUAAACAGUGAUAUGGAACAGGAGUUUCUCUAUGGCCUCAAUAAGAGAGCCUGGAUUGGUCUGACUGACUCUGUUACUGAGGGGACAUGGACAUGGGUGGACGGCACACCACUGACCACCCCAAGUUACUGGCACUCACAGCAGCUUGAUAAUGGUUGUGACAACCCAGCAAAUCAGGAGAAGGAUUGUGCUGAGCUGAACACAGUAACAUGGCGUCCUGCAAAGGCAUGGAAUGACCUGUCAUGUUUACACAAUCGUUACUGGAUUUGUGAGAAAGUGGUUUAACAACACCAUGACAACAGAGGAGGCUGGUGGGAGGACGUGCACACAUACAGCACCUACAGUGAACACAACUUCAUUCUCUCUCUCUCUAAGACACACACACAUACAGCACCUACAGUGAACACAACUUCAUUCUCUCUCUCUAAGACACACACACAUACAGCACCUACAGUGAACACAACUUCAUUCUCUCUCUCUAAGACACACACACAUACAGCACCUACAGUGAACACAACUUCAUUCUCUCUCUCUCUAAGACACACACAC